AAACACUUAAGGCUAUUGAGACCAUGGUAAGAAAUAACCGAACUUCGACAGUGACGGAGUUUCUCUUCUCUGGAUUCCCCCAGUUUGAAGAUGGCAGCCUCCUCUUCUUCAUUCCUUUGUUCAUCAUCUACAUCUUCAUUGUGAUUGGAAAUCUCAUGGUAUUUUUUGCAGUCAGGAUGGACACCCAUCUCCACAACCCCAUGUACAAUUUCAUCAGCAUCUUCUCCUUCCUGGAGAUCUGGUACACGACAGCCACCAUCCCCAAGAUGCUCUCCAACCUCAUCUGCGAGAAGAAGACCAUCUCCAUUACUGGCUGCCUCCUGCAGAUGUACUUCUUCCAUUCGCUGGGAAAUUCCGAGGGGAUUUUGUUGACCACCAUGGCCAUUGACAGGUACAUUGCCAUCUGCAACCCUCUCCGCUACCCGACCAUUAUGACCCCCCAGCUGUGUGCUCAGCUCUCUGCAGGCUCCUGCCUCUUUGGCUUUCUUGUGUUGCUCCCAGAGAUUGUUUGGAUUUCCACCCUGCCUUUCUGCGGGCCCAACCAAAUCCAUCAGAUAUUUUGUGACUUUGAACCUGUACUGCGCUUGGCUUGUACAGACACGUCCAUGAUCCUGCUUGAGGAUGUGAUCCAUGCUGCGGCCAUCAUCUUCUCUGUCCUGGUUAUCGCUGUUUCUUAUGUCAGAAUCAUCACUGUGACCCUGAGGAUCCCGUCUGCCGAAGGCCGCCGGAAGGCCUUCUCGACCUGUGCGUCUCAUCUUGGUGUCUUUCUGAUGUUCUAUGGCAGCGUGUCCCUCAUGUACCUGCGCUUCUCCGCCACUUUCCCACCAACUUUGGACACAGUCAUUGCACUGAUGUUUGCCGUUCUUGCUCCCUUUUUCAACCCUAUCAUCUAUAGCUUGAGAAACAAGGACAUGAAGAUUGCGAUUAAGAAGCUUCUCUGCCUUCAGAAGGUGUUUAAUGCACCUGCAAGAUGAUGUUACCUCAUAGGCACCUCUCACUUUGGAUGUUACUCUAAGAUACUAAACCACAAAACUAGCAUAUAACUCAUUCGUUGUCACACUGAUAGUUUCUAUUUAUUCCAUUUCUUCCCAUGUUUGUUCUAUUUAUACAUGUCUAAUGUAUCACAGACUACCUGUUCAGACAUGCGUAGGUGGAUAGAUAACAGGGAGGAAAUAUGAUGUUUAAGCCAUUAAAAUAUAUGCUGUAAACAUUAAUUUUAUUUCUAUUACGUAAGUAUCAUUCUUAUUAUUCCAUAAGCAUUAGUAACAACUGCAGAUUAUAAGAUACAGUGGUUAAGAGCAUAAGAUCUAUAGAAGAGAGGCUCAUAUUUUACUGGACUACAUACAAGUUUUGUGACCUUAAACAUGAAGUAGGUCUGAGAGGUGUUGGAUACAUCUGUUGCCUUG